GAAAAUCUUGGUCUUCAUGAUCAUCGUUAGCCUAAUCAUAGUGUACAACCUCUGCCUCUUCGUCUCUCUCAAAGGCCAUUUCAAUCUUCUGCAGCUUUCAGAUCUUUCCUUCUGUGCUGAUCCCAUAAAAAAAAAGAGAAAAAACUAAGCUUCUUCUUUUAAAAAAAAAAUAAAGUUUUGCUUCUUCAUUCCAAGCUUGUGUUGAUUUGGAGUAAUCUUUGUUUUGGAGGUUCUUAGCAUUUGGUGGAAUAUUAGUAGUUUCUUUUUUUUCUAAAUCUGUGAUUUGGAAAAAUGAAUCGGAGGCAGCAGCAAGUUAAGCGUAGAGUAGGUAAGUAUGAAGUGGGGAGAACAAUUGGGGAAGGAACUUUUGCUAAAGUCAAGUUUGCAAGAAACUCUGAAACUGGUGAACCUGUAGCUCUCAAGAUUCUUGAUAAAGAGAAAGUCCUCAAGCAUAAGAUGUCUGAACAGAUCAGAAGAGAGAUAGCUACUAUGAAGUUGAUUAAGCAUCCAAAUGUUGUUCAAUUGUAUGAGGUGAUGGCAAGCAAGACAAAGAUAUUUAUCAUCUUGGAGUAUGUUACAGGAGGAGAGCUCUUUGAUAAGAUUGUUAAUGACGGGCGGAUGAAAGAAGAUGAGGCUCGUCGAUAUUUUCAGCAGCUUGUGCAUGCUGUAGACUACUGUCAUAGCAGAGGUGUUUACCAUAGAGAUCUCAAGCCUGAAAAUUUGCUAUUGGAUGCAUAUGGAAACCUCAAGAUCUCAGAUUUUGGAUUAAGUGCUUUGUCUCAGCAAGUCAGGGAUGAUGGACUACUUCAUACAUCGUGUGGAACUCCAAACUAUGUUGCACCUGAGGUUCUUAAUGAUGGAGGCUAUGACGGAGCAACAGCAGACAUGUGGUCAUGUGGUGUUAUACUCUAUGUCCUGCUUGCAGGUUACUUGCCUUUCGAUGAUUCUAAUCUAAUGAAUCUUUAUAAGAAAAUUUCAUCUGGUGAAUUCAACUGUCCUCCAUGGCUAUCACUUGGCGCCAUGAAACUGAUCACUCGAAUCUUAGAUCCCAACCCCAUGACUCGUGUAACACCACAAGAGGUCUUUGAAGAUGAAUGGUUCAAGAAAGAUUACAAGCCUCCAGUGUUUGAGGAGAAGGAUGAUUCAAACAUGGACGAUGUUGAAGCUGUUUUUAAGGACUCCGAGGAACAUCAUGUUACCGAAAAAAAGGAAGAGCAGCCAGCUGCAAUCAAUGCCUUUGAGAUCAUCUCAAUGUCAAGGGGGCUUAACUUGGAAAACCUGUUUGAUCCAGAACAGGAAUUUAAGAGAGAAACAAGGAUAACUCUGAGAGGAGGUGCGAACGAAAUCAUUGACAAGAUAGAAGAAGCUGCAAAGCCUCUCGGUUUUGAUGUGCAAAAGAAGAACUACAAGAUGAGGCUUGAGAAUGUGAAGGCUGGGAGAAAAGGGAAUCUCAAUGUGUCAACAGAGAUAUUCCAAGUAGCACCAAGUCUUCAUAUGGUUCAAGUAUCUAAAUCAAAAGGGGACACUCUCGAAUUCCACAAGUUUUACAAGAAGCUAUCUAAUUCUCUGGAGAAUGUAGUCUGGACGAACAACGAAGUGAAGAAAGCUGGAAACUGAUGUAUGAAUGAAUGUUCAAUCUUUUGGGACAAAGCUUACUUUCUUUGUUUUUUUUAUGAGCUUUUUUGCUGAUCCGGUUACUUUUGUAAGGAUGAUGAGUGGUGUUGGUUUGUGUAAGGUGUAUAUAUGAACUGCAAUAUCACUUGUAAAGUCAUACCGUUACUUGUUUGCUAAGUGCUUAAAGAUUUUCUAA